ACAGUUAACAAAACACAGUAAUCUACAACACUUUGUAAUCGGUGGAAAGAACGUGCACAGUGUGAAAGGAUAUUUUUAUCAAGGAAUAAGCGAUUUUACAGGUUUAUAAAAAUCGGAAUAACUGUCCGACGUUUCUGGUUGUCUGUGGUUUUAGUCACGUGUGAGGGCAUGCGAACUCUGUCGUUAAGUUACACUGCAGAACAUUGUACAAUACAUCAACGUCAAGGGACGGAAUAAGGUAGAGAGUUUGUGACAGGAUGACUUCUGCGACCGAUAAACCAGAGACAGUCGUCAGCGGCGAGGAAUUUCGAUGUUUUGUCUGCGAUAUUGCUGUUACAGGAAGAUACUAUACACUAGCUACAUGUCGUACCCAAAGCACCAAAAUACGGCUUAUAGAAAAGUUAGGUCAGCUCGUUGGAGAAAGGUACAUGGUUGUUAUAUCAGAAGAUGAUAUAAUUUGCCGUGGAUGUGCCAAUCUUAUGAAUACACUGGAUCGGCUGGAGACAGAAAUGGGUUCAGUACGGAAUGUAGUCCUACGCUUCCUAGAGAAAAAGUAUGCCUUGGAAGAAGGAGAAUUGUUGAAUAAUAAGAUGACAGGUUUCUGUCCACCUCCACAAAUAACAUCACACAACACGUCACUUGUUCAAGGUUCGAAGUCCAGGCCAAAUGCAAGUGUGGAAAAUUUCAUGUCUCGAAAGAGAAAGGCUGCACUUUCUGACUUGAAAAAUGAACAGGAGAACAGUCUGCCAAGCUCAAAUAGCAAGACUCAGAAGACUGACCCCAAGUCUAAUGUGUGGAUGCAGUGUGACAAGUGUAAGUACACGACACACUAUAAUGCGUUCAUGAUUCAUCAUAUACGCCAGCAUAUAAAGAAAAAGAAUGUUACAUGUGACUACUGCGGAGAUGAGGUGCAGUCAGGAGGCAGCUGCACAAGACAGUGCAGUGUGAAAGGUAGCAAUGCAGAAGGGAAGCAAACCAAACAAACUCCAAAGCAGUUUAAGAAAUACUUGACUAAAGAUAGCAAUGAAGUCAUGCAUUGUGAGGGUUCUGACACUGCUGAAUCUGAAACUGUGGAGAUGAUCACUGCAGAAAUAAACGAGUUCAGGGACACUAACAGUCCAGAUGUUGUUAUUUCGACAGUACAGGCCACAGAGGCAGAACCUGGCAAGAACAGUGUUGCAGAUGUGAGUAUGUUACCUGCAGUGGAACCGGGCACAACAGCAAUCAUUAUUGAUCAGAGUCAGCAAAACAGCAAGUCCACAGAACUAACAAAAGCAGAUGAUGUAACUAUCGAGGUCUCUAACACAUCUCCUCAUCAUGAAGAGGGGAAUGUGGAAGUGCAGUUGAAUGAUGUCGACGGAUCCACACCAACUGCGAUAUGUGUUAUGGAUAUGUCAGAGGAUAGUUCUGCAGAACAACCCACAUUGUUAACAGUGCAAAAGUUGGAAGAAGAAGGCAGUGCAGUAUAUGUGCAAGUUGUGGAAGUGGGCAAGACAGAGGAAGAGAUAGAAGACUCAGGAAGCAUUACCAAGCAGGUGCUGACUGUGUCAGAAGAUGGCACUGUUGAGAUGGUAGAGGUCAUGUGGGAUGAGAUGGUUUCACCAGAUGUGGGGACUGAACAGGACAUAGGUUUUGGAUGACAUUCCAUGACUUGAGUUCAGUAUUUUUUAUUGUUUGAAGUUUCAGAAAUAGCUAUUCAUUAGCCCUAUGUCUCUCAUUGAUUACAUUUUGUUUUUCUGAAAAAGCUGAGAAAAACUUUUUAAUUUCUGAGUUACUAAGUUACAGAUCACAUGAUAAUGAAAGAUGCUGAUUUAGUUAUUUGUUAAUUUAUCUAUAUUCCGAAUGGCAGUGAACCUUAUUUAAAAAGUAAUAAGUGGAAAAAUAUUGCUGUCUUACUAUUCAGUUAAUUGCAACAUGUGGCAGUACGUUGUGUUAUUCAUUCCAGGUAUUUAUUUUAUGGCCAUAAAGCUUGUGUUAUUUACAGUUCUGUAAUAACCUUGUUGGUUUGUAACAAACCUUAUGCAUUGUAUGAUUAUCUGGUUUCAAUUAUAUGAAUACUUUGUUGUAAAUUUUGUAA